AUGGAGUCGCAUCGGAGAGGCCAAUACCGGCGGCGAAGCGUGCGGCUUGCGGCCUCGACUGCCGACAUUGACAGUUUGGGAAGCGAAUACGCAGCUGUAGAGAAGGUGUUGGGGAAACGAAUCCGGAAGCGAGGGCGCGGUCGCACCACCAAGUACCUGGUCCAGUUUAAGGGCUACUCUGACAAGUUUACCAUGUGGACGGCAGCGUAA